AUGCUGAAGAUCAUGCAGGAUUAUGACUGGCAUGUUUUCUCCCUGGUGACCACCAUCUUCCCUGGCUACAGGGACUUCAUCAGCUUCAUCAAGACCACGGUGGACAACAGCUUUGUGGGCUGGGACAUGCAGAACGUGAUCACACUGGACACAUCCUUCGAGGAUGCAAAGACACAAGUCCAGUUGAAGAAGAUCCACACCUCCGUCAUCUUGCUCUACUGUUCCAAAGACGAGGCCGUCCUCAUCCUGAGUGAGGCCCGCUCCCUCGGCCUCACUGGGUACGAUUUCUUCUGGAUCGUCCCCAGCUUGGUCUCGGGGAAUACGGAGCUCAUCCCCAAAGAGUUUCCAUCGGGACUCAUUUCUGUCUCCUACGAUGACUGGGACUACAGCCUGGAGGCAAGGGUGAGGGAUGGCCUGGGCAUCCUGACCACUGCUGCAUCUUCCAUGUUGGACAAGUUCUCCUACAUCCCCGAGGCCAAGACCAGCUGCUACGGGCAGAUGGAGAAGCCAGAGGCCCCACUGCACACGCUGCACCAAUUUAUGGUCAAUGUGACAUGGGAUGGCAAAGACUUGUCCUUCACUGAGGAAGGCUAUCAGGUGCACCCCAGGCUGGUGGUCAUCGUGCUGAACAAGGACCGCGAAUGGGAAAAGGUGGGCAAGUGGGAGAACCAGACCCUGAGCCUGAGGCACGCUGUGUGGCCCAGGUACAAGUCGUUUUCGGACUGUGAGCCAGACGACAACCAUCUGAGCAUCGUCACGCUGGAGGAGGCCCCCUUUGUCAUCGUGGAAGACAUAGACCCGCUGACUGAGACGUGUGUGAGGAACACUGUGCCAUGUCGGAAGUUCAUCAAAAUCAACAAUUCAACCAAUGAGGGCAUGAAUGUUAAAAAAUGCUGCAAGGGGUUCUGCAUCGAUAUCCUAAAGAAGCUUUCGAGAACAGUGAAGUUUACCUAUGACCUUUACCUGGUGACUAAUGGGAAGCAUGGCAAGAAAGUUAACAACGUGUGGAAUGGAAUGAUCGGUGAGGUGGUCUAUCAACGGGCAGUCAUGGCAGUUGGCUCACUCACCAUCAACGAGGAACGUUCUGAAGUGGUGGACUUCUCUGUGCCCUUUGUGGAGACGGGAAUCAGUGUCAUGGUUUCAAGAAGCAAUGGCACUGUAUCACCUUCUGCUUUUCUAGAACCAUUCAGCGCCUCCGUCUGGGUGAUGAUGUUUGUGAUGCUGCUCAUUGUAUCCGCCAUAGCUGUUUUCGUAUUUGAAUACUUCAGUCCUGUUGGAUACAACAGAAACUUAGCCAAAGGGAAAGCACCCCAUGGGCCUUCUUUUACGAUUGGAAAAGCUAUAUGGCUCCUUUGGGGCCUGGUGUUUAACAACUCCGUGCCUGUCCAGAAUCCUAAAGGGACCACCAGCAAGAUCAUGGUGUCCGUGUGGGCCUUCUUUGCCGUCAUAUUCCUGGCCAGCUACACGGCCAAUCUGGCUGCUUUCAUGAUCCAGGAGGAGUUUGUGGACCAAGUAACUGGCCUCAGUGACAAAAAGUUUCAGAGACCUCACGACUAUUCCCCUUCCUUUCGAUUUGGCACGGUGCCCAACGGCAGUACGGAGAGAAACAUUCGGAACAACUACCCCUACAUGCAUCAGUACAUGACCAAAUUUAAUCAGAAGGGAGUAGAGGACGCCUUGGUCAGCUUGAAAACAGGGAAACUGGACGCUUUCAUCUAUGAUGCUGCGGUCUUGAAUUACAAGGCUGGGAGGGAUGAAGGCUGCAAGCUGGUGACCAUCGGGAGUGGGUACAUCUUUGCCACCACUGGUUAUGGAAUUGCCCUCCAGAAAGGCUCCCCUUGGAAGCGGCAGAUUGAUCUGGCCCUGCUCCAGUUUGUGGGUGAUGGGGAGAUGGAAGAGCUGGAGACCCUGUGGCUCACGGGGAUCUGCCACAACGAGAAGAACGAGGUGAUGAGCAGCCAGCUGGACGUCGACAACAUGGCGGGUGUGUUCUACAUGCUGGCGGCCGCCAUGGCCCUCAGCCUCAUCACCUUCAUUUGGGAACACCUCUUCUACUGGAAGCUGCGCUUCUGCUUCACGGGCAUGUGCUCCGACCGGCCGGGCCUGCUCUUCUCCAUCAGCAGGGGCAUUUACAGCUGCAUUCACGGGGUGCACAUUGAAGAAAAGAAGAAGUCUCCAGACUUCAAUCUGACCGGAUCCCAGAGCAACAUGUUAAAACUCCUUCGGUCAGCCAAAAACAUUUCCAACUUGUCCAACGUGAACUCCUCAAGAAUGGAUUCCCCCAAAAGAGCUGCUGACUUCAUUCAAAGAGGAUCCCUCAUCAUGGACAUGGUUUCAGAUAAGGGAAACUUGAUAUAUUCAGACAACAGGUCCUUUCAGGGGAAAGACAGCAUUUUUGGGGACAACAUGAAUGAACUGCAAACCUUCGUGGCCAACAGGCACAAGGAUAGCCUCAACAACUACGUGUUCCAGGGCCAGCACCCUCUGACUCUCAAUGAGUCUAACCCUAACACGGUGGAGGUGGCCGUGAGCACGGAACCCAAAGGGAACUCCAGGCCCCGGCAGCUUUGGAAGAAAUCCAUGGAAUCUCUACGCCAAGAUUCGCUGACCCAGAACCCAGUCUCCCAGAGGGAUGAGGGAACCGUGGAGAACAGGAGCUACUCCCUAAAGAGUCCUAGGUACCUUCCAGAAGAGGUGGCCCACUCGGACAUCUCAGAAACUUCGAGCCGGGCCACGUGCCACCGGGAGCCUGACAACAGUAAGAACCACAAGGCCAAGGACAACUUCAGAAGGUCAGUGGCCUCCAAAUACCCCAAGGACUGCAGCGAGGUCGAGCGCUCCUACCUGAAAACCAAAGCGAGCUCCCCCAGGGACAAGAUCUACACCAUUGAUGGGGAGAAGGAACCCAGUUUCCACCUCGAUCCUCCCCAGUUUGUCGAAAACAUGGCCCUUCCCGAGAACGUGGACUUCUCCAAUGUCUACCAGGACCAUGGUGACAGUUUCCGCAAGGGGGACUCCACACUGCCCAUGAACAGGAGCCCCCUGCACAAUGAAGAUGGGCUCCCCAACAACGACCAGUAUAAACUCUACUCCAAGCACUUCACCUUGAAAGACAAGAGUUCCCCUCACAGCGAGGGCAGCGACCGGUACCGGCAGAACUCCACGCACUGCAGGAGCUGCCUGUCCAACCUGCCCACCUAUUCAGGCCACUUCACCAUGAGGUCCCCCUUCAAAUGCGACUCCUGCCUGCGGAUGGGGAACCUCUAUGACAUUGACGAAGACCAGAUGCUUCAGGAGACGGGGAUGACCAACGCUUAG